UUACCUCCAAUCGAGGCUCCAUCAUAGGCUCCAUCAUAGGCAUCUCGAUCCGAUCUCAUGCCAUGGGUGGACUCAAGUGGAGGGUUAGGGUGUGUCGAGACACCCAUAGAUUUGGGAGAAAAAUUAAUGAAACCUUAUAGUAGUUUGAGUAAGGAAAAAAUGAUAGUAUAUGCGAUUCGAAUCUAUAACACAAUGGUUAUUAGAAAACAUCUUUCUAUUUGACUACACCAUUUGUUGAUGUAAUUUUAUCAUAAACAUGUAGCCCUUAUUCUCAAUUUUUCCCGAAGUCUAAAUUAAAGCCACGACCUACCCCUUAUCCCCACCAUAUUCUAACUAGGAUUUUAUUAUGAAGACUGAAGAGUAUGGUCAUCUUUCUGAUUCUUUUCUUCUACGGAAUUUUGAAAAUUAUUAUCAUUGUGUUAAAGAAUAAUGAGUUAUUCAACGAAAAAAAUAAAAAAUAAUGAGUUUUUAUGGAUUAACAAAAAAUGAUGAAUUAGCCGAGUUAAUUGUGAAAACAAAAAUAAAUCUAUAAUAUCUAUAAGUUUAUUUGCUUCAAUAUUUCGGAUGGACUUCAACAGUGCUGAAUGACUAAAACUUCACAUCUCUUUAUCUAAAUUUUCAAACCAUUUUGUUGUCGAAUUAUGUAAGAAUCUUCUUCCUUUUAGGCCUCUAAAACAACCCUUCUCCAACUAUUCCGAGUGCUUAAUGGUUUUGUGUCAAGUCUUUCAACGUGUUUGGUGGGAGAAUAAAGAAUAAGCCGCCGCCUUCAAAAGUAACAAGGCAACCCCUCGCGAAGAAUGCCUUUGGAAUUUUGAGACAAAGAAAAUGAUAGAAACAACUAAAAUAAAGAGAGCCGCCCCAAUAUAAUAAAGGUCCAUUUGGGAUAAUUGGAUAGGUAUGAAUCAGCCAAAAGAAUAUUCAAAUAAGUAUAGCACUCAAGCUUGUGGCAUAGUUGAUGUUUUUAUUUUGAGUUACUUAUUUGGUAAUACUUAAUAUCUAGUAACACUUGAUCAAUCAACCCGAGCUAGUGGGUACAUACUAGCCACUAGCUAGCCAACCCAAAUGUUCCCUUAAGCAUAACAAAGUUAAUUAUACACAUUACAGAAGUUUCGAGUGCCACCACUCAUUCUAUCAUUCAAUUGUUUCGUGAGUUAAUAUCACUAGUACAUUUAAUAUGAUUUAAUUGUACAACUAAGAAUAGUGUUCCCUCUCGCGGUACACCGUUACAAUCAAAUAAAAUGCACCAACAAUAUUACAACUUAUAAGGAGUUUUCAUGCAAAAUCAAAAGAGAUGGUUUAUGUGCUGAUUUUAUGAUUUUAGUUACGUUUAAGUAUAUGAUAAUACAAUAGAUACUACCAAGCAAGCAUGGUUGCUCAUUUCUGUCUUGUAUAUGCCUUUAGUUCUCUCUAUGUAUUCACUCAAAAAAUCAAUUAUAAAUCAUUCAUGAUUUUACUCCGCGAUGUUGAUUACAAGCUAUAACAAGUGUAUCAGGUCAACAAAUAUGUAGGGUUAAGCGAUAGCGAUACCAUAGCCAACAAACACGAAUGUUCUGCCAAGCACUUUCCAUGGCCUAAACAAAAGAUCCAAAAGGAAAUAAAAAAUCAUGGCUGAAUUUGAAAGUGUUUUAGCAAAAGAAAUAAUGUUAUAUUCCAUCGUGAUUCAUAUGUCAAUAUUGGUUACUGAACAUUAUUAAAAUCGUGGGUCCAUAAGACUAAUUGGAGAAUAAUGUCAAUUGGCAAGUGUGAAGUGGGAACUGAAUCAAAGUGGGAAUUUAAUUUUGAAGAUUUGAUUUGAUCCUUAACUUGGCAUGGGGAAGCUCCAUGGAAAGAUGGAGAAAUAUCGAGUAUCUAUCUAUUGCCGAUGUUAAUGGAUAACCUGGAAUCUGGAUCGCACACUUGUAAUAUUGGGACUAUAGCUAGUUGAAGACAAUGAUUUCUUGGCCCACUCUUGAUAUAUAUGGUGUUACAUGUAUUGAUUGUUGAUUGAUAAUUUUUAUCUAGCAUUAUCGAGUAACUCGUUAGUGCUUAAUUAUGUACCGUAUGUGUAUUUGUAAAUAUAUUUUGUAGGAAAAGUUUGUCAUUGUAUGCUUUAAACAAUCAUUUGCAAAAUUUAUGUUACAUUCAUAUUACAAAUGUUAUCUCGGUAAGAUGAGUAGUUUUUAUAGACGAUGUAUAUGUUUAUUAAAAUAUUUGGUUUGGAGAUUUUUUCAGUGAAUGAUUGUCGAACUUAACCAGUUAUCUGAAAUAUCACUCAAAACCUAUAUCAUCACAAAUAUGAUUUGUAGAGUGACUCCACAUUCAGUCAUGACAUGUCUAGUGUGAGGACAACUCCGCAUUGUGCCUGAUUUUCUAGCCACUAAAACUAGCCAACAAUCUGCUAGCUUAGAUUUGUAUUUUUUUGAGCAACCAUAAUAUGGGUCUCGCAUAUAAAUUAUAGUACGCGUAUGAUUUUGGUGUAGUGAUUUCUAAGGGGUUGUUUGGAAGUUGCGAAUGUUAAAUCGUUGCAUUGUAAUGAAUCACUAUAAUAUAAAUGCAUGUAUUGUACAAUGGACGCAUUUUAACAAUACAGUGUUUGGUUGUUGAGAUUCUAUUUUAUGCAUUGAUUUACAUAAAGUUACUUUUAUGGGUAAAUCUCACAUUUACUCUCAACUUUUAGAAUAAGACAAACACUAUUAGGGAUAUAAAUGGAAAGAAAAAGUUGACACAAAUCUAAAAACAACAAUCACAACAAUCACAACUUUUAGUUGAGAUUUUAGUUGAGAUUGUAUAAAACAUCAUUUUUUGUGAUUGUUGGUGGGACCUACGUAAAACAAUGCAUUGUUUUACGCUUUGACACUUCCAAACAUUGUAUUGUGCACAGUGCACAUUACAUGUAUUCAACAAGCACAACUUUAACAAUCACAACUUCCAAACGACCUUAAGAUGACAUGUUAAGCGAUGUAUUGUUUUUAUUUAUGAAAAGACAACUAUUCAUAGAGGAAGAAUCUAGUUUGUGCUAUGCCUUCAUAAAAUCAUUGGUGUGUCUCUUUGCUUACCCAUUUGAGUAGGAAACUAGGCAUAGGAUGGUCCAAUUACAUUGGGCAGUACGUUUACUUUUAUUGUGUCUUUGAAUCUUCGUAAUUCAAAUUAUGAUGACAAUAAUGGGUUAAUUGCAUGGUUGGUCACUGAGAUUACAAAAAACGUUCAUGUUUGGUCACUGAAAAUAUUUAAAUUCAAUCUUGGUCACUCAAAUUAGUUAAAUGGUUCAAGUUUGGUCACUCUCCGUCCAACUCCGUUAAAUAUGUCUGAUGUGGCAGUCAACCCUCAAAGUUGACUGUUAACUCGGUGACGUGGCAAUUAAAAAAUAAUAAAUAAAAUAAAAUUUUAAUCUUCUACCAUUUCCAACUCAUUUUCACAAUAAAGUAAAAUAAAAAAUAAAAUAAAAAAAUUAUUAUAAUCACAAAUUGAAAGAGUAGCUUCCUCCUCCGCCACCACAUCCCUUUCCGCAAUCCCCUCCGGAAACAGAGAGAAAAAAAGGAUAAAAAAUGGUUUCUGGGUUCCCCGACGGAGGAGGAAUCAGCGGCGGUUCAGAUUUCUUGUCCGGCAGAUCGAUGAAUCGGCGGACCCACCCUUUCCUCUUCUUCACCUUCUUCCUCUCCCUCUCUUCAUCCCAGCCGGCCCCACCCCUCCAAUCUCAAACCCUAGUCCUCAAUCGCCUCCCUUCCCCUCCUCAAUCCCUCUCCUGGUCCGACGCAGACGAAGAAUCCCAGCCCUUAACUUCAUCGCCCAGCGGCGGAGAUCCGGAAUCUGCAGACUCCAUUUUCUCCGUUCAGCUGCACCAUGUCGAUGCUCUGUCGUCCAACACAACUACGCCUCAACAGCUCUUCAAUUCUAGGCUCCUCCGCGAUGCUUCCCGUGUCAAGAGCAUCGAAUUCAUCUCUACUGCCGGAGCUGGAUUCGAUGGCGGAGCAUCAAAUUCAUCCCCGUCCCGACCAGCGCAAACUCUAGAUUGGCCAGUUCCUCGACCGAUGAAGACGACGCGGAAGAGGCCGCCGUCGGCGGAAGCGGAACCGACAGCUAAACUGUUUGGCAGGCGCUCACUGACCGGCGGCGGACACCGUGAUAUGGGCGCCUCGGCUGGCUAAUUCGAUUCAACUGUUCGGGUCAGUGGACCGGCCGGUUGAAACUAUGAAGAGCCGAAAAGGGGACCUCGGAGCUUACACUACACUG